UGAUUAAUUUUUGAGGUUAUGUCAUGUGUCAUGUUUAAAAUUUUCAAAAUUUUCCAUAUAUUUGGUCUAAUAGUUAUCUACUAAGUAUGGCAAAGUACAUAGCUCAAAUAAUUAUAGCAGGAUCUCAGGUAAUAGGUAGAGCUUUUGCGAGAGCCCUGAAACAGGAAAUAGAGGCUUCACAGCAAGCCGCCCAAAGAUUAGGCAAUGCAAAGACCAGGAGUGAAAGAGUGGCAAACCAAAAGUUGGGACUGUCUUUAGAUGAAGCCAAACAAAUUUUAAAUGUUUCGAAGUUAUCCAAAGAAGAGAUUGAAGAAAGGUACAAUGCUCUAUUCAAAGCAAAUGAAAAAACCUCACUGUAUCUUCAAUCAAAGAUAGUCCGAGCAAAAGAGAGACUAGAUCAUGAACUGAAAAACCCAGAACCCACAACCAAGAGCAAAAUGAAAGAGGAUAUUUCUGGAGGUGGCAACACAUAACGACUCAAAUUGUUAGUAGCAGAAUUGUGAUCCACUUUGUAUGUAAAUUUUCCUUUAUUGUUAAAUAGAUAAGUUGAACUUGUUAUACAAUAGUCUAUGAAAUAGAAAUUUGAGUAACAUGAA